AUGGCUGUGAAGGAGCCUGCUCAGACUCGGGAAGCCACUGACUGGCCGCAGAAACGCGAUGCUCUACCCCCUCUUUUCCUCCUCCUCCUCUUCUUCCUCACCCUUCUGCCCGCGCCCAGACGCCAGCAGCAGCAGCAACAGCAGCGCGUAUACGCAGCCGGGGAGACAGAGGACGGAGCCCCGGUGGUGGAGAUGCGCUGCUCACCUGGUGGAGAUGCUCCGGAGCUCAAAUGUCAAUGGGCGGGAGUUGUCACCUGUCACCCGAGGGUCACUGCAACAGAGAAGAAACCUGCUGCUGCACAGGGAGAUGAGACCGUUACAAGAUUCAUGUUGUGGUCCAGUGGUCUAACCACUCCGGCUUUAUCAAAUAACAUCAUGGAGGGCACUCACACCACCGUGAAUCUCUACGUGCCGGUCAGCGAGAGGAUCUAUGUGAGUCCAUCCCUCUCCUGCUGCAGGGGCCCAGCUUCCCCCUAUGAAGCCCCUCUGAAUCCCCAAGGAGGACGAACCUCAAAGGAGGAGGGUCCAGCUGGAGCAGCGAAGAAGGGUCAAGCAGACAAAUGUGUGCUUUCGGACCUAAAAGAGUCUCUCAAAGUGUUGGACGAGUUCUGUCUGACUGAGUUGUCCCCGUUGUGUUUGGAGUGUCAGACUUCAAUGAGCAUGGGCAACCAACAGAGCACCAAGAACAAGCAGAACCUUCAUGGUUACACGGAGAGUCGGGGUGCGUUACCAAAAUCCCCACAACUACAGAUUCCUCGGAAGAGAAGGAGAAGAGCGGAUGGUCUCGUUCACUCCGGCGGCUUUCGGCAUAACCUCAGGACGACACCCGGGGCUCAACGGGCAAGUGGGCCGACAAAGCUCCGCAUGACGAGCUCUCCCACCUUUGGGGUGUGGGACGUAGAGGAAGACGGGCCGAUCAUGUGCACUUCUGGUGCCCAGAGAAAGCGAGUCAUGGGAAAAGAAAGAGUUCCAUGGUUGGAGGAGAGAAACAGGAGUCAGCAGGAGUUCAAAGCAACAUGGAGCGUGAAGCUGCCCGAUGCCUCGUCUGCAUCGUUCAACCAAACAAGAGAGGAUUUCUCCGUGAAGGAAGAAUGUGCCCUCCCUGACUCUGACGCGGACCUCUCUGAAUAUGACAACGAUGUGGACUCUGCAGAUAUCUCCUUCACUGUGAAGACGGAAGACAGUAGGAAUGCUCAAAAAGCCGAGAUCUUCAAGGCAGCCAGAGAGGCGGAUGAGGAGAAGACGGCAGAAGGUGUCGAGGAGAAGUCCUCUCAAUGGCGCGACGAGGAGAAGGCUGCAGCUCAGCGAGCAACGGGCAAGAUUGAGGAGGUGGAGGGGAUCAUACGCCGGGUGAGCGUCACCAGUUCGGACUGGAUCAAAGAAGGCAGCGACGGGGGAGACGAUGCUCAGUUUGUCUCCGAUGGAUGUUUUGCGGAGAACAAGAGGUGCGAUGAAGACGAGCCUCUGCUGGUUGAGGAGCUUCAAGCUCUGGGAGAAGCUCUGAGACAGAGUCUCCGUCAGGUCCUGAAGAUGGAGGCGGCAGAAGCAGAGGGUGAACCCCUCACAGAGACCAUGAAUACUUAUUUUAAGCCAAAACCAAGAAGGCCCCCAAACCCACCGUCAUAUUCUCACCCCUUGACCUCUACCGAGCCAGAUAAUUCAUCACCCUCACGUUCACCUUCGCCGUCUCUGUCCGCACUCCUGGAUCUUUCUCCGAGAGCAUCCAGCAGCUUUGAAGACAUGUCUCCCAUCCCGUCGCCCUGGACCGAGCGGAGGGGAAAAGACACGUGUGAGCCUCACAGGUGGGGGGGAUGCUCGGUUGAAGACGCUUUAUUCCCUCAGGGGGCUGCAGACUGCGACGGGAUAGGAGAUGAUCAGAAGAAGAGCAGGAAGAGGCGACAGAAUCAGAUUCAGACGUGCAGACGCACCAGUGAGACAGAAACCAGUCAAGAUGAUCUACUCUCUUCAGAUGAGGUUCUGCGGAGACAGGAGAACAUCUGGCAGCAGGAAGUCGAGGAGUCUCUCUCCUUCUGCAGGUCACUUUCUCAUCCCUCCAGGCCGAAACACAUCGACUUCCUGCGCAUCACUGCACCUGAAGAUGACAUCAUUGAUACACCGACAUCCACGCCUAGCCCACCGGAGUUACGGUCAGAGGCCUCCUCCCCAGCAGAGGGAGAGGAAAGGACUCCUGGUCGCCUACAAGCCGUCUGGCCGCCAGUCAAGGAGGAAAAAGUUGGGCUGAAAUACACAGAAGCAGAGCACCAGGCGGCUCUCCUGCAGCUGAAGAGAGAAUGCAAAGAGGAGCUGGAGACGUUGCAGGACGACCUUGGUCACGACCUCUCCAGACUGAGGGUGGAGAACGAGGACAAUGUCGCCCAUCUGGCUGAGAUGCAGGCCGAACUCUUCCGGGUCGGGACGCGCACUCGUGGAGAACUCAGAGACGUCGCCGUGUCAACGGGAGACGACUUCACGCACAAAUCCUUCCGCACAGUCGGCGUCCAGACCGACCGAGAGACAUUUGUUCGGACUCACGAGGAUGGAGAAGAUUCAGGGAGAGUCCACGCCGGCGCUCAGCAGCAGAAGGUGACCCCCAAAAAGCUGGACCUGGCUUCUAUCAGCCUCAGCCUGGCCGGUCAGGGGGACGACUCUUCCUCCUCGACGCAUGAAACUCCAUCACAAACUCCUCCUCCAGCAUCAGAACAACCUCCUGCUCCUUCUCAGGCAACCAAAACAGACAAUCUGCCUCCUCCUCCUCCACCUCCACCAUGUUUGUCUUCACCUUUACACCACAUGCAUCUGUUGAAUGUCUCUCCACCAGCAGCUCCUCCUCCUCCUCCACCUCCGCCAUGUUUGUCUUCACCCUUACACCACAUGCAGCUGUCAAAUGCCCCUCCACCAGCACCUCCUCCUCCUCCUCCUCCUCCAUCCAUGCCAGGCUUUGCUCCCCCACCACCUCCUGGUCUCUUUGGGGGUCUCAUUGCUGAAAAACCUCCGAGGAAACUGACAGUGGAGCCUUCUCAACCCAUGAAGCCUCUUUACUGGACCAGAAUCCAGAUCCAGGACACCAAGAACAAGACGUUGUGGAAUAUCUUAGAGGAACCAAAUCUAAUAAACACCAGUGAGUUUGAGGAUCUCUUCUCCAAAACCACCACACAGACCAGGAAGAAGCCGCUGUCAGAGGCGUACAAGAAGAAAGCCAAAGACAGGAAGAUCAUUAAGCUGCUGGACGGGAAGCGCUCUCAGGCCGUGGGCAUCCUCAUCUCGAGCCUCCACCUGGAGAUGAAAGACAUACAACAAGCUGUACUGGCAGUGGACCACUCUGUGGUGGACCUGGAGACUAUUGAAGCGCUGUAUGAAAAUAGAGCGCAGCCGGAGGAACUGGAGAAAAUCAAAAAACACUACGAGACGUCAGAGGUGGAGGACGUCAAACUGCUGGACAAACCCGAACAGUUCCUGUACGAGCUCUCUCAGAUCCCAGGCUUCGUAGGCAGAGCUCACUGCAUCAUCUUCCGGUCGGCCUUCACCGAUGGGAUCACGUCCAUCCGGACGAAGCUCAACUCAAUCUCCUCCGUCUGCACGGCUCUGCUGGAGAGCGAUGGCGUAACGGACGUGAUGGGGCUGGUGUUGGCUCUGGGGAACCACAUGAACGGAGGCAACCGGACCAGAGGUCAGGCGGACGGCUUUGCUCUGGACAUUCUGCCCAAACUGAAGGACGUCAAAAGCAGAGACAACCGCAUCAGCCUGGUGGACUACGUCGUGUCGUACUACCUGCACAAUGUGGACAAGAACGGCGGCACAGACAAGAGUAUAUUCCCACUUCCUGAACCUCAGGAUGUCUUCCUGGCUGCGCAGGUCAAGUUUGAUGACCUCAUCAGAGACCUGAGACAACUCGGACGAGAUCUGACAAGAUGUGAGAAAGAUGUCCAGAACGUUUGCACUGAUUCUCCUGAAGAAAACCUGCAGCCGUUUAAGGACAACAUGGAGACGUUUGUUCUCAGCGCACGAAAGCAACAUGGAGAAGCUUCGUAUCAGUUGAUGACGGCACACAACAGUUUUCAGGACUUGGUUCUGUACUUUGGACUGAAGCCCAAGAUGGGAGAGAAUGAGGUGACCACCGGUCAUCUCUUCAUGCUCUGGUUUGAGUUUUGUGCAGACUUCAAGGCCAGGUGGAAGAGGGAGAACAAGAACAUCUCUAAAGAGAGAUUAAAAGAGGCUCAGCUGUCAGUGAAGAGGAUCACAGCGGAGAAGAAGGUGGAGACCAGAAAGAUCAACCCCAACAGCCUGAAGGACAGAAUGCGCCAGAGAGAAUCAAACAUUUCUUCAACGUGAGAGUCUUAAGGAAGAAGGAAACAUGUCUUCAACGUGAGAGUCUUAACUUAAGGAAGAAGGAAACAUGUCUUCAACGUGAGAGUCUUAAGGAAGAAGGAAACAUGUCUUCAACGUGAGAGUCUUAAGGAAGAAGGAAACAUGUCUUCAACGUGAGAGUCUUAACUUAAGGAAGAAGGAAACAUGUCUUCAACGUGAGUCUUAAGGAAGAAGGAGCAUAGAACUGAAAGGAUCGGGAUUAUUACAAAAUUAUUGUUUCUUUUCCAUGACAAUCACAUUCAUUAUUCACUGACAGUUUUAUUUGAUAAUUUGCUGCAUAAUAUGUCCUCAUAUUUUAAAUAUAAAUAAAUGUAAAACAUUAUUAUGAUUAUGAUUAUCAUCCGCUUCAGCGCUGUAUUAAUAGUAGUGUAUUGAACUUUCUAUACAAAUUCGUUGCAUUGAUUUUGACAUUUUAAUCAUUUUAAUCUUAUUUUUUUGGACAAAUAAAAUCAAUGAUCAUAAAAUGUGU